AUGAGGUUCUCGAAUUUCGUGUCUUCGCUCCUCCUUCCGGUGCUGGCUGCGGCCACUCCCCUGCAGGACCGCCAAACUCAGGACUAUGAGUAUAUUGUCGUCGGCAGCGGCGCCGGUGGUGGUCCUCUUGCCUGCAGACUGGCCAUAGCUGGGCACAAGACUCUCUUGAUCGAGGCAGGAAACGACCAGGGCGGAAAUAUCAACAUCUCCGUGCCAGCCUACCAGGCCGCGGUGACGCAGGACCCGAAGUUGAGCUGGGAUAUUUUUGUCAACCAUUAUCAGGACCAAGAACGGGCCAAACGGGACCCCAAGUACACAUAUUCGACUGGCCCAUACCAAUACCAUGUCGGGCCUAAUCCACCGUCAGGAGCGUCUCCUCUUGGCAUACUGUAUCCCCGAGCUGCAACUCUUGGAGGCUGCGUAACACACAAUGCCUUGAUUUGGAUAACGCCGCACGCGAGCGACUGGAAUGGAGUCGCGGCGCUCACGGGAGAUGCCUCCUGGUCCGCAGCAAAUAUGAACCAGUACCUCGAUCGUAUUUAUUCCUGGCAGAAUGUGCAGCCGACAGACCCGACCAUCCUGCUGCAAGACCUAAAGCUUGCCCGACAUCUAGCCAGCGGUGCUGCUGUCAUGGGAUUGGGGCCGGACCCGUUGGCUGCUGUCACUGGGCUCACGAAUACUCUCUUGGUCGACCCCAACAGCCGUUCGAACCCGAAACGAGACAGCGCUCAAGGACUCUUUCAAAUCCCUCUCAUCAUGAAGGAUGGCACCCGCAUUUCCAUCCGUGACUACAUUGCAGAUACGGUCUCUAAGGGCUACCCGCUCACUGUGCGCCAAAACACUCAUGUGACCAAGGUCGUCUUUAACCAGACCGGCACAACGCCUCGAGCAACUGGCGUUGAAUUCUUGGACGGCCAACACCUCUACCGAGCCAGCCCACUGAGCGGUGCGUCCGGGACUCCCGGGUCUGCCACAGCGACAAAAGAGGUGAUCCUCUCGGGCGGCGCAUUCAACACCCCUCAGAUCCUCAAGCUCAGCGGAGUCGGUCCCAGGGCUGAGCUGGAGAAAUUCGGCAUCCCAGUGGUCAAAGACCUGCCUGGAGUCGGAACGAACAUGCAGGAUCGCUACGAGAUUAACCUCAACGUGAAGCACCCAUCUAACUUUAAGCUCUUGGACGGCUGCACCUUCGACGGCAAGGCCCAAGACCAAUGUCUGACGCGCUGGAAAAACAGCCCCUACAUUCUCGGGGCUCGCGGGGCGUAUGCCACCAAUGGACUGGCUGCCACUAUGUCGGUAAAUUCCAAGGCAGCGGCCAACUCAGACAUCGACCUCUACAUCUUCGGAGGACCUGUCGACUUCACCGGGUACUUCCCUCGAUGGGGAGACUUCGCGGUGAAGGACCACAGUUACUUUUCGUGGUACACCCUCAAGGCCCACACGCGAAACCGCGCCGGAACCGUCCAGCUUCGGUCAAAAGACCCGCUCGACACGCCCAUCAUCAACUUCAACUACUUCGACACGGGCACGACAGAGGGCGGCGCGGACAACCUCGACCUGGCUGCCAUGGUGCAAGCGCUCAACAUGUCGAGGGAGGCGCUGAGACGGUACAACUCGUAUGCGAUCCUUGGGGGCGACGGCUUCGUGGAGGAGAGGCCCGGACCCAACGUCGUCUCGGACGCCGACCUGGGACAGUACAUCAAAGACAACGCCUGGGGACACCACGCCUCUUGUACGUGCCCGAUCGGUGCUGACAGCGACCCAAUGGCAGUCCUGGACAGCAAGUUCCGCGUUAGGGGUGUCCAGGGGUUGAGGGUCGUCGAUGCGAGCGUGUUCCCCCGGAUCCCAGGGAUCUUCAUCCAGGCUCCCAUCUUUAUGAUCAGUGAGAAGGCAGCAGAUGCCAUUCUCAACGGUUGA